AAAGAUGGCGGUGCCAGCAGACGACAGCCAUGUGCUCCGUACUUCAUUGGAACUGAACAUCCUGGCCGGAACAAGCUGCCCAACUGAUGGUGGCGAGAACGCAGAUGUAUCCAGUCUGUGUGGGCACCUGACCAGGGGAGACUACGGGCAGGUACUGGAGACUGCGGCAGCCAGGACCAUCCUCGGGACCGAGCGGGUCGUCAUGGCAACAGAACCCUACCCAGAGUUCCUCAGGAGGCAGGUACAGGAGUACCUGUCCAACGCUGAGGGUGGCGAGCAUGGGGACACACCUGUGGACAGGGAACUGUGUGUUCUCCAGACCGGGGUAGCCUGCCUGCAGCUGUUUGUGCAGUCCAACUGGACCGGUCCACCGGUGGCGGGGGACCAGACUGACAUCCUCCCACAGGCUUACAGACAAGACCAAAAGGACUUGUUAGAGCCAGUUUGUCAGUCCCUAACCUGUGAUGGGGAGAGUGCCUACCCCCUCUGCUCCAACCUGCUGUACUUCCUGGCAGCUCGGACCCUGCUGAUGGACAGCUAUCACCUCCUCACACACUGUCAGACUGCAGGUUGGUGGGGCCUGAGGUGUGUGUGGGUACACCAGCAGCUCAUGGAAGAGUCGAGACUCCCAACUCUGCAGCAACUGGCUCUCAAAUACAUACAGGAUGUGACGGAGAGGGAGGAGGUGCUGUUCUCAGACAGCUGCAGGUGGCUCCAGGUGCUGUACCAGCUGGAAGCUGGCUACACCUGCCUGCACUACUACCAGUACACAGCUGCACAGGAACACUUCAGCUCUGCCGCCAAGCUGGCUAGACUACAGGUGGAACUCACAGGUGCCAUGGGGAAGAGAACUCGGUUCCAGCAGGUAGAAAAGGCACAGCUGGUGCUGCAGGUCCACAGGGAGGGAGGCUGCCAACUGGAACAGCCAGACAAGGGGGUUGCCCUUACUCCUAAGGACGUUUCCCUGGAUGAUGACACUUUGCUGAACCAGAUGAAGCUGACCGACCCUGACCAGGUGGAGGUCAUUGACCUCUCCUCUGUAGAACAAGCCCUGGUGUUGGGCCUGUGCAUCAACAGGAAGAGAAACUGUCCUAAGGACAAACUGACUGAAGAAGAGGUCUUAGCAUAUGUCUAUUACCUCCUGGACCAGCCACGUGAUUGGUCGGUACAGACAGCUGCGCUGCUGCUCAGGUGUCGAGGGGAAAAAACCAGCAGCCGGAAGGUGGAACGGUCCAUGAUGCAGCUGCAGUCGUUGGUUGACGAGUACAAGUCCCCGACCCCCCCUGCCCAGGUCAGACUUGGGCUGGUGUACAGUGUGGCCCUGCCACCCAGGUGGAUCAUGGAGAGAGAGCUAGCCCAGUUGCUGGUGAGCCUGGGUGCCCUGAGCAGUGCACUGGACAUCCUACUGAGGCUGCACAUGUGGGAGGAUGCCAUCACCUGCUACCACCAGCUCGGCAGGUACCAGAAGGCCGAGCAGCUCAUCCAGGACCAGCUGGCCGUACAGGAGACGCCGACGCUGUACUGCCUGCUGGGGGACGUCACAGGGGAGAAGCAGCAUUACGAGAAGGCCUGGGAGCUGUCCAGCCACAGGAGUGCCCGCGCUCAACGGAGCCUGGGCUGGGCAAACUUCAAAGAGGAAAAGUUUUCGGAAGCGAUCAGCUGUUUUGAGAAGUCUGUAGAGAUCAAUGGGCUACAGAAUGCGGUGUGGUUUGCCCUGGGCUGUGCCGGGAUGUCUGCCCAGCGGUACGACGUCAGUGCCCGCGGGUUCUCCAGAUGUGUCCUCAUAGACUAUGACAACUUCGAGGCUUGGAAUAACCUUGCUACAUCCUACAUCAGGUUGAACCAGAAACAGAAGGCAUUCCGUGCCCUCAAGGAGUCCCUAAGGUGCAACUUUGAGCACUGGAAGAUCUGGGAAAACUACUUACUGGUGUGUACUGACCUGGGUGAGUUUGAGGAGCUGGUGACAGGGUACCAUCGCAUGCUGGACCUGAAGGACAAACAUGCUGAUGUACAAGUGCUCCAGGUUCUGGUGGAUGCUGUCAGCCAAGACCUGCAGGACAACAGUGGCAGACCAGCAUCCAGACUGCGCGGCAAGGCUGUGGAGUUGUUUGGCAGGCUGACCUCAAAGGUUACCAAUAACGCCCAAAUAUGGCGACUGUACGCCAGACUACACGGGGAUGGGCAAAAUGAGGAUGUACAGGAAAACGAGAAGGCCCUGCAGUUCCUGCAGAAGGCCCACCGCUGCAGCACACAGUCGUCAGGAUGGGACCGGGAGCCGGCCUCCGCGGGGCACGUCAUGGACCAGGCACUGCUCCUGGCUCAGGCUGCCAUGACAGUGAGCAAGAGGAAGACCAACCCCACGGAGGCUAUCCAGUCACUGUCGGCUGCGAAGAUGGUCCUGCGCCAGGUCGGGACCAAGGUUCGUCAGGUACACACGGACGCCAUGACAGGACAGAUGCCGGAGGACUUGGCUGGCAGACUGACCGAGGUGGAGCAGACUCUGGCUACAAUACAGGGUCUUAUAGACAGUCUCAGGGGCUAGGAACAGUCUCAGUGGCAUUGUGCAAUAAUGCCAGCUAAUAAAGGGAUAUUCUUGUAAGAAAUAGGU